AUAACGUUCUCGGUGAGUAGUGUGUAGAGUGAUUUAAUUCAAAGUGCGAGUUCGUUAUUAAACGUGUUAUUGGAUCUCACUUGCAUAAGCAAUACCACUGUCUAAAACCUUAGUUGGAUCAUAAUAUGAACAGCAUCGUUAUAAUAUAUAUAAGAAUUUUCAAGUGACACUAUGACGCAGUUUAAACAUUUGCUUGUUUUUGCAUUAGUACUUUUUGUAUUAUGUGAAUGUUCUAUUUCAGCCGAAGAAAAGCCGAGGAAAAAUAAAAAAUACAAGGCUAAAGCUGAUUACUAUUCAAAAAUUAAUGCUGAACAAAUUUUAGCAAAAACUGUUGAAAAUUUGGAAGGUGAUCCUUCUCAGGCACAGUUGCAAAAUGUGCGUUUAGUUGAUGAACCAAAAAUACAGGAAGAUCCCUGUACUAAAAAACACUGUGGAGCUGGACGUGUAUGUAAAAUUACAGAAAGUGAAGAAGCACAAUGUGUUUGUGUUUCUGAAUGCCCAACUGAAACAGAUAUAAGAAGAAAAGUAUGCUCUAAUCGAAAUGAAACUUGGGGUUCAGACUGUGAAAUUCACAGAAUGAGAUGUUAUUGUGAAGAGAAGUCAGACAAGUGCACAGAUCCAGAGUACAAUCACUUGCAUGUAGAAUACUAUGGCAUGUGUAAACAAAUGGCUGAAUGUUCAGAUUCUGAAAUGGAAGAUUUCCCAAGGAGAAUGAGGGAGUGGUUGUUUAAUAUUAUGCAAGAUUUAGCAGAUAGAGAAGAAUUAAGUCCUCACUUUACAAAAAUGAUAAAGGAAGCAGAAACUAAUAAUACAAAACGUUGGGCUAAUGCUGCUGUAUGGAAAUGGUGUGAUUUGGACGGUUAUCCUCAUGACAAAGCUGUAUCAAAACACGAGUUAUUUCCAAUAAGAGCUCCAUUAAUGUAUUUAGAACAUUGCAUAGCUCCUUUCUUUAACAAAUGUGAUGCUAAUGAUGACCAUAUGAUAACACUUGAAGAAUGGGGAAAUUGCUUGGGAUUACCCCAGGAUUUGCUAGAAGAUGAAUGUGAAAACUUGAGAAAUGAUUUAAAAGACUAAGUUUCUAUAAUGAUUAAACUAUGUCAUAAUUCUUAAAAAGAUAACAUUUUCUAAUAAAUGGUUUAAGAAUACA